AUGUCCUCCCUCCGCAACGCCGUCUCGCGGCGGCCGCACAAGGAGCGCGACCAGCCCGCUGCCCGCCAGAAAUGGGGCAUCCUGGAAAAACACAAGGACUACUCGCUCCGCGCGCAGGACUAUAACCUCAAAAAGAAGAAACUCGCGCAACUGUCGCAAAAGGCGCGGGAGAGAAACCCCGACGAAUUCGCGUUCGGUAUGAUCAGGGACGGGCAUGCCGGGCUGGGGAAGCAUAAAUCCAAGCACGGCGACGAAGACGCCAAGGGAAUCGUGCCUGGCAGGCCACUCAGUCACGAUGCGGUGAAGCUGCUCAAGACGCAGGACGCGGGGUAUCUGAGGACCGUGGCGGCCAAGGGGCGGAGAGAGAUUGAGAGGUUACAAGAGGAGGUCGGCAUGGAUGCUGUCUCUCUGGGAAAGGGACGGCUGGGGAAGAAGACAUUGUUCGAGGACGAGGAGACCAAGGGAGCACCCAGAGGGCUCAAGCGCGGGUUGGAUGGCCAAGUAAAGCAGGAUUCACGCGUCGGUGACGAGCAAAGUCCGCAUGUCGAGGAAUCCGAGUUCGCUACAUCGGUCGAUGACCAAGCGCCGAAACCAAAGUCUAAGAAAGCGCUGCAAGCAGAGAAAGACGCCCUUACUCGCCUGAAGGCCGAGCGAAAGAGGAGGAAGCGUCUACAAGAGAUGCGGGUGGCGAAACUUGAGGCUUUGAAGAAGAGACAGCGGGAAAUCCUCGUGGCGGCGGCUCAGUUGGAACUACAGCGCGCAAAGAUGGCGAGGACGGUAGGCGGUGUCAACAAGGAUGGAGUUAGGUUCAAGAUCAGGGAGAGGAAGAAAUGA